GGGAAGGCGCGUGACUAAGUCUGCGUGUGUGGGGCGGUUUCAGGGCGGCCCGCCGGCCGGUUUCCCGCCAAUCCCAGCACCACAACAAAAACGUCAGCGGCCCGCCAGUAGCCAGACAUUACUACAACUGCAACGCCGGAGACGCACGUUUUUACGCACCGAGGAAUUUUCCCGACUCCUUUUUAUUAUUCCUGAGGACCACAGCGAUGAGACUAGGGGACUUGUUCGCGAUAGCUGUGUGCUGUGGACUGUUGGUGUUGUCGAGAAUACCGGGAUCGAGAGCGGACGCUCACUGCGGUUCAUCCCAAUUCACAUGCCACAACGGACGGUGUAUUCCCUCAUCAUGGAAAUGCGACGAAGAUGACGACUGUGGAGACAAUUCUGACGAGACCGACUGCCCUGUGAGAACAUGCUCAGACAGCGAGUUUACCUGUGACGACUCCAAGUGCAUCCCAUCGCGGUGGCAGUGUGACGGGGACAACGACUGUGCCGAUGGCUCAGACGAAAAGCCAGACAUUUGCAACCAGCGGACCUGCCGGUCAGACCACUUCAGCUGCGAGGAGAAUGGAGGCGGAAUCUGCAUCCCGCGGACGUGGGUGUGCGAUCGGGACGCCGACUGCGAGAACGGCCGUGACGAGGAGGGCUGCGACCAGCUGACCUGUGACCCCACCGAGCACACGUGCGACAACGGGAAGUGCAUCACGGUGCGCUGGGUGUGCGACCAGGACAACGACUGCGGCGACAACUCCGACGAGAAGAACUGCCCGACCCCGACCUGCUCAACCAAUGAGUUCAUGUGUAACAACUCCUACUGCAUCCCCAGACGCUGGCUGUGCGAUGGCGACUUCGACUGUUUGGAUCUCUCCGACGAGAAGGACUGUCCCUCUGUUCCCCCUGGUACGGAGUGUUCUUCCCGCGAGUUCACCUGCAGUAACCGCGACUGUGUCCACAUCUCCUGGAAGUGUGACGGUGAUGAAGACUGCGCUGAUGGUUCUGAUGAAGUUGACUGCAUUCGCCAGUGUUCGGAAGACGAAUUCCAGUGUGACAACGGCCUCUGUAUCGCCGGCCCGCUUCAGUGCGACGGAAAGAGAGAUUGUGAUGACGGCAGCGACGAGCGAAACGACUGCCAGCCAAUCAUCAGCUGCGAUCCAACAAAAGAGUUCGAGUGCAUCAACUCGCAGACUGGCGUGCGGGAACAGUGCAUCCCGUUCAGCAAGGUCUGCGACGGUAACGACGACUGUUCGGACGGCUCGGACGAGCCUGGCCAGCAUGUUUGCAACGUGGAUGAGUGUGCAGUGAACAACGGCAGCUGUAUGGAAGGCUGCGUUAACACACCUCACUCCUACUACUGCACCUGUAAUGAUGGUUUUGACCUGCAGGAUGAUGGAAGGACGUGCAAGGACAAAGACGAGUGUGCCAUCUUUGGGACCUGCAGCCAGCUUUGCGAGAACACCCAUGGCGGGUACAAGUGCGAGUGCGUCGAUGGAUACACACUGGACCCACGCAACGGAUACUGCAAGGCUGACGGAGAAGAGGCAAAACUGAUCUUUGCAAACCGCCGUGACCUGCGAAUGAUUGACAUGGCGACUGGCGAGUACACGGAGCUGGUCAGCGACCUACGGAGUGCCAUCGCCACCGAUGUUGAUGUUCCGAACAAGCGCGUUUACUGGACUGACGUCGCAAGAGAACAGAUCUACAGCGCCCCAAUUGAAGCUGACUCUAACGGAGAGCGGUCCAAGGUUCGCCUGGUGUCCGAGGGAAUCCACACCCCUGACGGCGUGGCCAUUGACUGGAUCCAUGCCAAAAUGUACUGGACCGACACUGGCACCGACACCAUCUCUGUGGCCACCCUGGAUGGGAACAUGCGCAAGACUCUGUUCGCAACAGACCUGGAUGAACCAAGAGCACUGGCCCUGGAUCCAACUGAAGGGUUUAUGUACUGGUCAGACUGGGGCCAGCCAGCCAAGAUCGAGCGUGCGGGGAUGAACGGCUUCUUCCGUGAAGUCCUGGUCCAGUCCAACAUCGAGUGGCCAAACGGACUGACCCUUGACCUCCUGGGCAAGCGUAUCUACUGGGUGGAUGCCAAACUGCACACGAUCAGCUCUGUGACGACCACCGGCGCUGACCGCAGGACCAUCAUCCAGGAUGACGUCCUGCUGGCCCAUCCCUUCUCCAUCACUGUGUUCCAGGACACCUUGUUCUACACCGACUGGGAGUCUGAGUCCAUCCACAGUUUGAACAAGUUCACCGGAGGCGACCACAAAGUUGUCGGCAGUGACCUGUACUCCCCCAUGGACAUUACAGUGUACCAGUCCAAGAGACAAGUAUCAGGAACAAACUUUUGCGAGAACAACGGAUACUGCUCGGACUUGUGUCUGCCUGCCCCUCAGAUCAACGAGCACUCAGCUAAAUACACCUGCCUGUGUGAGGAUGGGCGCGAGUUGAUGGAUGACCACCGUACAUGCACAGGACGAGACCAGAUCCCCAUGCCCACAGGAGAAAGCCCGGCGGGCCAGACCGGCGGCAGCAUGCAGCCCGGCCACGUGGCCGCCAUUGUUAUCGCCGUGCUCGUCGCUCUCGUCGUCCUGGUGGCCCUCAUCGGCUUCUUCGCCUGGCGGUUCUUCCGGAGUACGAACAUGAAGUCAAUGAACUUUGAUAACCCCGUGUACCGCAAGACAACAGAGGACCAGUUCAGUCUACAGAAGCAUGCUCAGCCAACAGGACACUCCUAUCCCCCCAUAACCGCCCUCUCCACAGUAGAAGAACCAUAACAACCGUAUCUUAGCAUCCUGUACAAUGUUUAUUAUUUCCACAUGCUGCAGAAAUGUUUUUUGCAGUGCUAAAUAAUAAUAGUUUUGCCUGAACUUCUUUGCAGGCCUAGGGGAGUUUUCCAUCUCUGUUGCCAUGGCAAUGUGAGCUGCUACAGAACUUGUACAAUGUGUUUGUUUUUUUGUUUCUAAUUUAAAAGUUCUGUCUUGUGCGUGAUGCUUUAGUAGCGCUAGCGAUAUUUCCAUUAUUUAUGACGUACUCGUACCUACGUUUUUUGCUGUUUUGAGCAAAAAGUUAAAGAUGUUCCCUGUCUUCCUUGGUUGUAGUGUAGAAGUUUUGGUGGCCACUGUAAAUAUCAAAUGGAGCCAGGAAAUGGCAGAGCGCAUUUGGCACUCUUAUUUUGUAUUGUAGAGUGCCUUGGACAUGGUGAUAUUUAUGAAUAUCCAACAUUUUGCAACAUGCUUUCAAAACUAAGCCCGCAACUGAGAUGGAAAUAUUCUUAACUGUGUAAAA